AUAAACUUCAAUUUCGCGCGGGGAAUGAAGCAAAACAGUUUGACAACUUCGGAGCGUCUGAAGAAUUAUAUUUCCUUACGUUAUGUCGAAAAGGGAGGCUUUUAUAAAAUCAGUCUCCAUCAGUAAGACUGAGGAUUUCUUCUCAUUCAUCAAACUUCAUAAAGAUGCCUCGGAGCCUUUUGACCUUGGAGAGUUGCUGCAGGAGCUGCAGAAGGCUCAGCGGCAGUCUGUGUGGACAAGUCUGGCCAAACUUCUGCAGGACGCCGUGGUGGCAUGCCCCGCAGAGCGCUGGAAUGGGACACAGUUGGAGAAGAAUGAGCAAGACAUGGAAGUAGAAGUGCCCUUGGAUUUGAAGCAGACCAUGCAGGUGAUUCUGGGUGUAACUGAAGUGGCUGUAGCAUCUGUGGAGACCAUUGAGGAGGAAGACACUUAUACAUCUCUGCUGGACUGUGCCAGCAUGCUGAAUGAUCUCCUGGGCUUCCUGCCCCAAUCAGAAGCUGCGCUGCAGGAGCGUGUGCUCGGGCUGUUUGAGUGCUGGUGGACCAAAGGCCUGCAUGGGAAAGAGGAGCUUGGACUGACCGUCCUCCAGACCUCUCUCAGGAAACGGGUGCCUGACAUGAAGAGGCUGUGGUUGUUCCACGAGGCGCUGAUCAGCGUGCCCUUAGACUCAGAGCUGGGCCUGGAACUCGCCAACCAGCUCCUGCAGUGCUUCCUCAACGCCACCCACAUCAAGAGGGACGAGGGGAAGCGUUUCCUCGUGUUCCUCUUCAGCUGGGACCUGGCCUUCAUCCGUCUGAUUCACAAGACUGUCAAAAAUCAGCUCCAGUUUCUCCGCAAGGCUGAAAUAGAGCACUUGGCAGAGAUCUAUUUCCGCGCUUGGAAGAAAGCCUCCGGACCCUUCCUGGAGGAGAUCGAGUCCACCUGCAUCCAGGACUUCAUGCAACAUGGCAUCCAACUGCACCGCACCUCGCCCGUACUCCCCAAAGUCCGGCAGAUACUGAGCUAUUUCCACAAGCAGAAGUUUCGGCAAGGCCUGGAUGAGAUGCUGUACAGGUUAUACCGGCCCAUCCUCUGGAGAGCCCUAAAGGGGGCCAAUGGCGAGGUGCGAGCCAACGCCACGCUACUCUUCACCGAGGCGUUCCCCCUGAAGGACCCCAGCAUGGACGUGGCCGCCACCGACGAAACCCUGCAGCGCCAGCUGGACACUCUGUUUUCCCUGCUGGACGAUCAGCAGCCGCUGGUGCGCUCCACGGCAGUGCUGGGCACCUGCACGGUGCUCUCUAAGUGCUGGGAGUUCAUCCCCUCCGACAUCAUCGGUGACCUACUGAAGAAGCUGGUCCAGCAGCUGGCCUACGACGCAAGCUCCCCCGACGUCCGAUGUGCCGUCUUCAUGUGCAUGUCCAUCAUCCUGGACAACAACCUGACCCACGCUGUGCUGGAAAACCUGCUGCCCCUGCUGAGGACCAGCCUGCACGACACCUCUGAGAAGGUGCGCGUGGCCUUUGUGGAGAUGCUCAUCAAGAUCAAGGCCGUCCGAGCCACCAAGUUCUGGAAGGUGUGCUCCAUGGAGCAUCUGCUGGCCCGUCUGGAGCGGGACUCUCCCUCCGUCUCCAAGCGCAUCGUCAACCUCCUCUUCAGCUCCUUCCUCCCGGUCAACCAGUCCGAGAUGGUCUGGUGCGAGCGCUGCGUCACGCUCAUCCAGAUGAACCCUAAAGCAGCCCGCAAGUUCUACCUGUACGCUCACCUGUACACUGCCCCCAACAACUUAGGCAAAUUAAUGCUCGUCAUCCGUAAGUGCCUUAACUCGUGCAUUCAGAAGGCCCGAGAUCAAGAGGCUGAUGACACAACUUCUGCCAACAAGGAAAACCAUUCUGAGCUGGACGAGGUGCUGUCGGUCAGAGACAUGGACACCAUGGCCCGGCUGCUGGAGGUAGUGGUCAUCCUGUGGAGGAGCAUCCAGAAGUCGCUGCAGCGCAACAAGGAAGUCAUGAACUACCUGGUGGCCAAGUUUGCCACGGUGCUGCCCGAGUACAUGCGUUUCUUCCAGGAUGACCAUGCCUGCACUGUAGCACUGCUGUGCAUGGCCUCUCUGCUGCCCGCAGCCUCUGUGCCCUCAUUCAGCUGUGGGGUGCUGCCCCGCCUGCGGAAGCUUGAGGUGGGGGCUUCUGUCUCCAACUACAGUCAGAUCCUGGACUGCCUGUGCAGCUGGGGACAGGCCUCGCACAUCCUGGAGCUCAUCAGCGACUGGCUCACCGAGGCCCUGGCCAAUACCUCUGCCAAUGACGGUUCUGCACGUCGCGUGCGCAUCCAGGAAACCAUGGAGGCCAAGCCUGACCUGGGGCUAGAUUUCUUGGACUACAUGCUCACCAAUCCCCCCACCCGGGACGCUGUGGUCAAUGUGGCCCUGGGCAAGCUCAGGCAGCUACUGAAAGCUCUCGGCUCAUACAAGUCUGAGCUGUAUGCGUGUGUGAGUGCAUUUGAGCCUCCAGCUCGUGCAAGGACCACAGAGACCGCCAUGAAAGCAUUCAGCUUGCACAGCCGACUCUUGGUCCACCUCCAGAGCAAGUUCCCAGAAGACAGAGACUUCCUGCAGGACAUGGAGCUGUCGGCCACCUGGGUGACAGAGAGAAUCCUGCCCUUCCUAGUCGCCCCCACCGAGGACGUGAUCUCAAUGCAGCAGGUCAAGUUGGCCCAGAGGGUAAUGGAGUGCUGCCUGAUUAUGUCAAGGGACAUCAUUAUUGUUGGAGUAGGGGACAUGGAGUUCAGUGGUCAAGUCCUGGACCUGCUUUCCGUUGUUCUGUUAUCAGAGAGAGGCUACCUGUGCAUCCCAGUUAUUCUGUCUGUACUGUCCAGCUUGGCUAAGGACUGCAUGUCCCAGAGUGCACCGGGGCAGGAGCAGCAGAUGUCUGUUCUCAUUGGUGUGCUAACCAACAUCUUCCAUAAGAUCCUAGAGGUGAUUGCACUGAAGCUGCGGAAAGACCAGGAGGAGGGAGCGCAGGUGUGCGUCACCUCCAGGAGCGCUCUAAUGGACUUCCUGACCGUGGCACAGGAGCUGGCAUCAGUGCGCCCCGAGGGCCAUGAUGGGGUCUUCUCCUCACUCUUUGCCGCCAUCAUCGUUGAGAUCAGCCAUGCCUUGCACAAGGUGUCCCACACUGAGCAGCUGUCCACUCCUGAGACUGCCGAGGAUCUGCCCCCUCUGUCCAGCCACAUCCUGGGCAUCCUCCUCAAAUGCCCUCCAGCUGUGACCAGGUCACUCUUCGCCAUGACUCAGCAGUCUCUGGACGCAGACGAGAUUGACAGCCUGGCGGGACUGGUGGCCGUCACAAACCUUCUUGCUGUUGUCAAACAAACCGGGCAGUUUAGGUCAGAACUGAAGAGCAUUGCUCUGUCUGUCCAGAGGCAAAUGGAGAGGCACUGUGCAGGAAUUGGUGAAAGUGACGAGGAAAUCCAGAAAAUGUUAUACGGCUCCUCAAUCAAAACAGUGAAUGAUAUUCUAAUGCCUUGAGGGGAACGGCGGCUACCAGGAUGCCUUAAUGAGACCUAUGUCCAUUUUGUUUUCUUGCAUUACGUAUGUCAGGAAUUAACCUAUUUAUGCUGUCCUCCUUUACCGUCAUAUAUGCUUGUGUUGAUGAUUUCUCCAUGUGAAAGUUGUGUUUAAAAAAAAAAACUCAUAAAUGUAUACUUUUAACACCUCUUACAUUUGUCUUUACCAAACAUUUUUGUCUGUGUUUUUGUCAUUAAAAGGAAACAAUUUUAUAGAAA